CCCGGAUGUGUUUUCAAACUGCAAAGAGACUGAAGUAGCCAAGUUGUCAUAGCGUUCAGGCUCGUUUACGGUACCGACACGGCGCUCUGCCUUUCAGCGUUCGUCUCCUUCUGUCCGGAUCAUGAGAGCGCGGGACAGAGGCGGGCCACGCCGCGCGGACUGCUGAGUCAACGUGAGUCAUCUAUAUGGGCCAUCUUCUCUCGAAAAAUGGCUACUGCCUGAAGAAGAGAACGCGGAAGUUGCGCAAGAAGAAGAAGAGGAGGAAUUGCUUCCUUCAGGGCCCCUGCAUGCUCUGCUUCAUCGUCCGCAGCACCAGUGAGAGCCUUGAGGACGAGUGCCCCUGUGAGAGUGGUGGUGGUGCGGUGUCUGCUGCCUCCAAGUUCGCCGAACGCUACGCGUCGCUAAGCUCGCCUGAGGACUGCGCCAGAUUCCUCCUGUCGCCCGGGGUGUUGGGCGUUGGCUGGGAGGGCCAGGGCCGGAGGAGUCUGCUGUCCACUGUGCCGGCCAGGCUGAUCGGGGCCCCGGCGCUGUUCCACUGCUCUGCCGACUACUCAGAGAUGGUGUGCAAGCGCAAGUGUGGUGAGCCGCGCCGGUGCACGGCUCCCUGCAAGCAGCCGCGUUGCGCCUUUCAUGAGGCUGGGGAGGAAGGGGAGGAGGAGAGGCACACCUCUCCCACGGCCGGCCAGCGUCUCCUGCCCCAGCUAUGCCCCCUGCCGUCCUCUUCCUCCGCCUCGUCCUCAGAGGAGGAGAGCUCAGGUGUGGGCCUACAGGCAACAGACUCGAUUGAUAGUCCCAGCAGUAGCGCUGCCACUCCAGAAAGCUCUUCCUUCUCUUGCCCGCUCUCUAACAGUGACGGUUCCGAGGAGGGAAAGAACACAGAGAUUACAGACACAUCCCGCAUCAACCACCUGCCCUCCUCCAUACUGCUCAAGAUUUUUUCGCAUUUGUCAGUGAAAGAGCGUUGUCUUAGUGCUUCUCUGGUCUGCAAGUACUGGCGGGACCUCUGCUUAGACUUCCAGUUCUGGAAACAAAUCGAUCUCAGUGGCCUCCAACAGGUGAAAGAUGACCUCCUAGUGAAGAUAGCAACUCGGAGACAGAAUGUAACAGAGAUCAACAUCUCCGACUGCCGGAACGUUCAGGACCAUGGCGUGUGUACUCUGGCCUCUCACUGUCCAGGCCUGGUCAAAUACACAGCAUACCGCUGUAAGCAGCUCAGUGACCUCUCCCUCUGCACUGUAGCCUCCCACUGUCCGCUGCUGCAGAAAGUUCAUGUGGGCAACCAGGACAAACUGACCGACAAUGCACUGAAACAGCUGGGUGAACACUGUCCAGAGUUGAAAGACGUCCACUUUGGCCAGUGCUAUAACGUCAGUGACGAGGGCCUGAUAGCGCUGGCGAAGGGCUGCCCCAAACUGCAGAGAAUCUACAUGCAAGAGAACAAACUGGUGACGGACAGGUCAGUGCGGGCGUUUGCAGAGCACUGUCCAGAACUGCAGUUUGUGGGCUUCAUGGGCUGCUCGGUAACCUCACAAGGGGUCAUACAUCUCACCAGGCUGCGGAACCUCAGUAGUCUGGAUCUUCGGCACAUAUCUGAGCUUAACAAUGAGACUGUGAUGGAGGUGGUGAGAAAGUGCCGGAACCUCAGCUCCCUCAACCUCUGCCUCAAUUGGAGCAUCAACGACAGGUGAAGUGCUUUUCAAAUAUUGGUCUCUGUAACAUCAAUUUUGUUCCUAGGUGUUCUGUUCCUUUAUAUUGUAAUAACUUGCUGUAGUUCUUGUGUUUCAAUAUCGAAGUAGGGUUUGUUCUAAUACUAUAUAAUGGAACCAUGUGUAGAAGUCUAUGUUUCUGCAGAAAUGAAAGAGAGUGAUCAGAGAUACGCUUGUAUGUACAGGCAAACAGCUUCCUUGGCGUGAACUGUCGAGAAACAAUUCCAAUAUUACACUCCGAAACUCUUAGGUGAUCUCAUAAUGCCGCCCCGUGGAGCGUCAGAAGUGUUUAGUCUCGCUCUUGAUGGGAAAUAUUCAUGGAAUUCUCCUUUCGAGGGGUUCUGACAGAAUGCUCAUCUCCUCCCCGAGUUAUUGAUUGUGUUAUUGCGUGCAAGUUGAAAUGCUCGCCCCAUCAGAUUGUCCGGGUAAUGAUCGCCCCGGACGCUCCUCAAAAAGACGUGUCCAGAACCAUCAGCAUGCGCCGCUCAAAUGAUUUACCAGGCCGAGCUGAAGAGAGGCUAUCACAGAGCGUCGGAUGGAAGGAGGUGAGAGAAAGAGGGAUCUUACAUAUUGAUUAUCGUUCCUGCUCAGAUUGCGGAAGAGUCAAAAUGGAGCGAAAGGGGGAGUUAAUGUGAGUGGAAGAAGAUGAAUACAGGGCGAAUUACAUUGAGACGCCUGAGCCCCCAGAGAGCCCUUUAAAUCAUACAAUCGUACCACGAGUGUUGCCUUGGGGCCUGGGAUUAGGGAAAUGGUGUUUAGAGUCUGUAAUUUUCAUGAAGUGCAAGGGUUCAGGGCGCAAUGACUUUGUUGCCACACUCAGUUCCUCUGAAUGUGACGGGCAGCAUAAUUCCCUGAACUGUGAUAUAUAUGAAGUGGUCUUGGCAAUCAAUCAGAAAUAGAACAUUCAAGAGCUUCACUUCCUUCACAAUUGCCAUGGAAAAUGUUCAUGUAGGCCUUUCAAAACUCUGCUUAAGUAGUUGAUCCUCCCUCAGCCAUUUUGUUCAGAGUUGUUACGAUCCCAGAUGCAUUCAGAUGGAGUGUUUCAAUAGGCCCGUGUCUUUGGCACACUUUCGGCGCUUUAAGGCACACACCUGUUCCUCCGCAUCCUUCUAAUCCUCACGAAUCCUCUGCUGGUUUCUGGAGUGCUCGCAGCAAUGUGACCUCGAAAGAAGAGCCUGCUACCUCAGCAUCUGGAUCACUUCCUGUGUGUUUAUUGAAGUCUCUGAAGCUUGCAUCCCGGUAGCACGUCUGCCUGUGUUGGGAUUACAUCUGAGAUCCUUCCUUCAUGUAUGGCAAUUAGAGUAUUCUCGCAUGGCACCGUGCAGUCAUACAGGCUAAGUUUUAAACUCUGCUCUAUUCAUAUACCACAGGGUGAAGAUAUCCUGCAGAAGUAGGGCUUUGGCUGUCAACUGUGUUAGUAAUUGAGGAAUCUGCAGAUUAGUUUGACAAUCAGUAGAGUAAUAAGAACUCUCACAAGCCCAAACAAUAAAAAAAAGAUUCUGGAUUGCUUUAUUGGAAAAAA